UCUCRUUUUGCCGCUACCAAAGUAAUAUUUGAAAGAGAAACACACUGUGCACUACUUCAAUUACCCGCCACACAAUACAGUACUCUAUAUUUGGAUGCAUUGUCCCCGAUACGGUAAGCAAAUUGUUGCAUCUGAUGAAYAUUAUUCCUUUUCAGCGUCCAAUACUGUGAUUCUGAAAUAUUCUAAUUUCAUUUGCAAUUUUCSGGUAGAUAUUUUAGCAAUGGAAGAAGAUAAAUUCAAGAACGAAUACAAAUACCGUCCGUCUCAUCAUCUUCGACCAUACCAGCAUCAUCGGAGAACGCAAGCAUAUCARUUUGACAAUGGAUCUCAAUCACAACUUCUGAAAAAAGAGACCUUGAAACGAACCCACCCGUUCUUGGAGAAUUUAAUUAAUACGACGUCCAUCCAYGACGAUGAAAARACCGCUUUUGCUUCAUCGAAUUCUUCCACGAAUUUUAUUAGUGGUAGCAAUUCUUGUGAUCAAAAUGUAAUACAUGUUCGGAAGAACAAUUGUAUCCGAGGGAUGGUAGCGGUAAAGAAUCAUUUACGAGGGAUGGUGGCUGUCAAAGACGAUGACGAAAAGUGCUAUCUCAACGAURAAGAUCACAGCAAUAAAGAUCAUACAAUUGUCCGAGGGAUGACAGCAAUCGAAAACGAUGGCGAUCAUAAUUCCCCAUCCGUCAAUAACAACAAUAUUCACUUGGAUAUUUAUGAUAAUUAUGCUCCUAUCUCCAGCACGAAAGAUUCAAACUCGAAGACGAGUCGAUUGCUCGAAGAAGUCAACGAUUUAUUCCAUGACUAYGAACGCCGAUUUUAUCGCCAAUCCUUGACCGAACGGGCCAAGGAACUUCUUGAUCGGGCUAGAAAAACAAACACGUUCACAAGCGACGUCAUUGGGAACAGGGAAAAGCUUGCACUCUGCACAGAGGCCCUGAAACUAUGCAGACAAGCAAACAGGGAUCAAGAAGAAGCUUUGCACGGCAACGAUCAUAACCACGUUGGUGGCUCCUACCUGGUUACUGGUGACAUUCGCAUCCGCUACAAGGGAGAACUCCUUGCCGCAAAAAUUYAUUGUGUUCGUGCAAGUGUCCUCUAUCGAACGGGAGAAUACUCAGACUGUUUGGAAGAUUGCGAUGCCGCYAUCGCCAUAUGGAACCAACACGAGCAGCGCUGCUCGUCGACGUCUUCUAGGGCAUUCGGUGUCUUCAAAAGACGAACAUCUUCAGUUCGAACCAUGCAAAGAAACAAAAUGCUCUCAUCAGAUCGGUGCUCGUCGCCAAGAAGUGCGCAAAUCAAACCCAAUUCUAUGCUUUCAAAAGGAAAGUUGUCUCACAAGCACUUGUACAUACUCCGAGGUCGUACCCUGGCAGCAAUGGGUCGUUACAAGGAGGCGACGGGAUGGCUCACUCAUCCCAACGAGCUUCCGGUUCGAAAAUUUCACGGUACGAGUCAGCUUCUGCAAAACGACGGAGUCAUGUUCAGCGUGAUUGACCAAAUCGCUUGUCGCGAUCGCAGGGAAUUGGAUACGGAACAGCACCUGCAACAUCAGAAUUCAGAUCAAAAUGCUGUCGUCGAAACAAUACCUGUCUUUCCUACGAAGAAACAAGARCAAAAUAGAGUCAUUGUGCCUACCAACAAAAAGCUAUGGGCRCAUCUUCUUCAUAGCAUAGACCAACGUCUUACUCGGGGCACAGUAAGGUCCGAUGGUUGUCUAACUACGACUUCGCCAUCUUGCAUUUCGGRCAAAACUACUGGCAGCAGCAAUGCCAUUUAUCAGAUGCUGCGAUAUGGRCCWGCGUUGUUCCAUCACUUCGAGGAGGAACCCAAAUUGYUUACAACUGYAAYUACAAAGCUUGGUGGUGGAGAAUAAUGAYACACAUCGCAAWACUYCCACCSCUAGGGUCGAUCGAUAAUCCCAGGAAUAAUCUGCCGAACGGCCUUCUUGUUAUAAUUCAAAAAAUGUCCAUCCCUGUACAGGACGAAAGAAGUACCACAAAAUGCCCAACCAUUUCUUUGUAAUCGAUAGACUGAGCAAAAUUUUAAAACAAUAAAAAAAAAUCAGCAGGUAUAGCGACAAGACCUAAUUUAAAUGUCUGAUUCAAAGAGAAGAGGAGAAACUUUUCAAUGAAUACUAUUGUAACAGCAAAAGGCAUAUCAUGCAUAAUUMAAAUGAUACGCAAUGAAACAGCGCCUCUGUUGUCGAAGCAAUUGGACACUACAGCAAGCGCGAGAACUAGAAUUUGUUUUAUUGUACUACAAAUUGCAAAUUGAUUCCUGUCGAGAAUAUUGCAACCAUUGAAUCUGCUGAUUUAAUAAUGCCAUGGAUAUUACAGGGAAACGAAUAGAAAAUCUGAUGCAAGUCGCUUUAAGCAAACAAAAUGUUGAUCUGUUGAUUCCAUUGCAUGAUUAAAUUGCAUCAUGCAAGGUCAGACUAUUAUCUCUCUUUGAAAUGCAUUUUGUUCUCAUCUACGACUUCUGUUGUAUUGAAUAAACAAUGUUCUAUUCUUGGAUCGCUAUUGUUUUCCCAAUCCCACUCAAUUCUCAAUUCUCGUAUAUUUAUUCUUAUUUCACAUCCACAGCCUUUUUUGCGAUUUCUGAAUGACAGGUAAUAUAUAGUUCCUAUACUCCCGAGAGAGAUAUAAUUCGAACUUUUGAACCGGACAAGUCCGAUUCGAGCCCAAUUUCCACGCUUACUAAUACUGAGGUUGCUGUUGCUGUUGAGCCUUCUUUUCCAGGCGCCCCGUAAUGAAUUCAUUAGUGUCCAUCCACUUGUUGACGGUUGCCUUAACGCAAGCCACCUGGGAUCCCGURAGCGUCUCGCUGGGUUUGGAGGUAAUGCAUUUCUCGUAAGAYUUGUCCGACAAAUCGUUAAUAACCUGCUGGACCAACAUCUGCUGUUGUAGCAUCAUGCUCAUCUGCUUCAUUUCAGCGGCACCGCUGCUGCCGAUCCCUCCGAUGUUUCCUCCGCCCCCGCCACCCGCGGCCAUCAUAUUGGCACCGCCGCCGUAUCCGGCAGCGUCGUCGGACGUGAACGACUUGCCCUCMCCGCCACCGCUGCUUGCGCUGUCAUCGCUACUUCCACCAAACCAGCCCAUUUUAAAACGGUAAAUCGAAUAGAUCAAGUAUUGGUCA